CACUGAGUACUAAACUCACGUAUUUGGAAUCUUCUUAUAUAACUCUAGCGUUAGAUUCAUCUUUCUAACACCACAGGAUUUAGUAUCUUUUCGCCGCGAACAAUGAGUUACGUCCACAAGCUUCAUAACCAAGCCUUGGAACACAGAACUCCAYCCCAGCUUCUUCGCCAUCAUGCUCAAGUAUCCCCUGACMAGGAAGCGUUCGUGUUUCGUAACGCUAACAAAAACAGAGUGGCCAUAACCUUCAAAGAGUACGAAAGAAGAUCUGAAGCACUGGCUGCAGCUUUGCUGGAAAUAGGUCUUGUUCGAGGCGAUAGAGUUCUUCUAAUGCUGCCAACCACUGAAGAGUUUGUGUUUACUCAAAUGGCUUUGAAUAUGAUUGGUGCACUGGCGGUUGUUGUCGAACAAGAUGGCUACCCCGCCAUUUUUGAAACCAAGAAUCUAGCAUGUGUUAUAGCAAGUAUAGAUUACAGUGUUUCCAUGAACAUGGAGAAAACGGUGCACGAACUGCAUGCUAUUUUCCAGCAAGGAACGCUCAAGGCUGGAGUCAUUGCUGGUCACUCUGCAGCUUAUCAUGACUUGCUCGCAUACCCGAAGGUGUACGCUUUCAAGAAGCUCGUUGACAUGACACAGAURAAUGAAGAAUGUCGUUCAAGGGUGCAAAGAGCAGAAGCACAAGUCCAGUUUGACGAUCCCACUUUUGUACUCUUCACUUCCGGUAGCACAGGGAUCCCAAAACCAAUCCAGUUUACUAACCAAGCCUUCGUUAAUGGAGCACGAGCGAAUGCAUAUAAUAUGGCCCUAAACAAAGACAACAUCCUGUUCUGUGAUGGUCCAUUUGACUGGAUAUCAGGGAUGGGCUUCGGUAUUGGCGUAGUCCUUUUGCUCGGAUCCACCUUGGUUUCCUUUCCACCUCGUCUCUCAUUCAAAGGAGGCAUGACGACUACUAUUAUGAAGAUUAUGGAAGAAGAAAAAUGCUCUCAUGCCAUCCUGUUGUUGUACUUUCUACAGGACAUGGUAUCAAGCCAGGAGGUCUGUUCCAUAGAUCUUAGUAAGCUCAAGUACUGCUUGACCGGAGGCCAACCCACCUCUGUCUCAUUGAUCAAGAAAAUCUUCUCUUUCUAUCCCCAUUUGAUUAUACGUAAUGCAUAUGGAUCUACUGAGACCAGUCUAGUAGCUUCACAAGAGAUCACCAAAGAUUCUCUAGAUUCUAAGRAUCAUUGCCUGAUGGAAAUCUGUCCUGGAUUCGAAGCAAAGAUCAUSGAUGAAGAGGGUCUUGUUGUACCAUUUAAUACACCAGG